AUGUCUGAAUUUCCCACACGGCCUGUAGCCCAGCUUGUCGGGUCCAAUGGCCCCAUCCACGCCCUAACCUACUCCUCCCCCCCCUCAACCUACAUCCUAACCGGCUCCUCCGACCGCUCCAUCCGCCUCUACAACCCCACCUCCACCACCCCCUCCCCCCUCCCCAACUCACCCCCCACCGGCCGCCUCAUCCAAACCUACACCGGCGCCCACACCUACGAAGUCCUCUCCUUAAGCGUCUCCUCCCUCAACGACCGCUUCGCCUCCUCCGGCGGCGACCGCACCGUCUUCCUCUGGGACGUAACCACCGCCCUCCCCCUCCGCCGCCUCGGCUCAGCCUCCACAGCCCACUCCCACACCGGCCGCGUAAACGCAGUCCUCUUCUCCGGCCACGACGACAGCCUCGUCAUAUCCGGCGGCCACGACACAACCGUCCGAAUCUGGGACGUCAAAUCCAACAGCAACAAACCUGUCCAAGUACUGAGCGACGCCAAAGACGCGAUCACUUCUCUUGCUGUCCCCCAAAAUGGGAACCCAGAGGUCAUAACCGGGAGUGUAGACGGCAGAGUGAGGAGUUACGACAUUCGUAUGGGACGGUGUACCACAGAUGUCAUUGGCACGCCGGUCACGAGCUUGAGUUUGUCUAAAGAUGGAAAAACGGUGCUGGUGGGGGGGUUGGACAGCAAGAUGCGGCUGUUUGAUCGCCGGGAUGGGACUUGCUUAAAGACGUACGAGCACCCGGGUUGGAAAAACACUGAAUUAAGAGUGCAGAGUUGUCUUGGUGGAAAGGAGAGGUAUGUUGUUGUGGGGGAUGAGCUCACUUCCGAGGCGGCGGGGGUGACGGGAACAACCAGUCAGGAGGAGGGCAAGAUUUGGGCGUGGGAUUUGCUCACUGGAAAGCUGGUCGCCACGGUGCCGGUGCCUUGGGGUGGUGAUGCCAGUAACAAAAAGGUUACUAUCGGGAGAGAUGGGAAAGAAAAGGCGAGGAAGAAUGUGGUUAGUUGUAUCGCGUGGAAGGAAGGGGGUUUUGGGAACCAAUUCUGUGUUGGGGGUACCAGUGGGGUGGUCAACGUGUAUGGCGAGCUCUAG